AUGGCAACUAAGGACCAGCAGGCCUACCACCCACCAACAACCAACGGCUACAACCGGAGCGACGAAGAAGCCACGGCCACACAAGCCAAAGAACUCCGCCGCCAAAAGUACAAGAAGUGGAUCAUCUACGGUAUAGCCUUCAUCAUUUUUCAGUCAGCAGUCAUAGCUCUUUUCUCCAUGACAGUUAUGAAGGUCCGAAAUCCCAAAUUCCGGGUCAGAUCCUCCAGCACCUUUGAAAUUCCGACGGCGGACGCUUCCUUUAACUUGAAUGGCAACGUUACGUUUGGGAUCAAGAACACCAAUUUCGGACCCUACAAAUAUGACAACAGCACAACUGUUACCUUUUACUACGGUGAUAGUGAGGUUGGGAGAGCUGCGAUUCCAAAAUCAAAAGCCCAAUUCCGUAGAACCAAGAAGUUCACCGUUGCAGUGGCUGGAAAUUCAAACACAAAGGUGGCAAGUGAUCAUAUUAGUUCUGGGAUGGUGCCUCUGACAAGCCAAGCGAAGUUGACCGGAAAGGUGGAGCUGAUGCUGAUUUUCAAGAAGAAGAAGGCUGUGAACAUGAAUUGCACUAUGGAUCUUAACACCACCACAAAAAUGCUCGAGAACAUCAAGUGCAAAUGAUCGAUCCUUGUAUGCUUAAUUCUGUUUUAUAUCAUGUGUUUGGAAUUUAGUUUUCCAGAGAGAGAUAUUAUGUGUAUUUUUAUUUUUUUUUGGGAGGGGGGUGGGGAGUGGUUUCAGAUGGUGGCCGGCAGUAUAUGUUUGUACUGUAGAACUUCGUAUGCCUAUUCUUUGUUAUGAAUUGCUUGUUUGGUUUGCUUCUGUUAGUUAAGAGUGAUCCAAACCAGUUGCUUCUUUUU